UGCCUCUCAAUGACGUCGUCCUUCUGCUUUUCCUCACAAAAUAUCAAUGAAGGAAUUGUGACCGGUCUAUCUAUCUGGUCAAAAAGGAUCAAGUGGAACAUGCAUUAAAACGACGUUGCCACUUAGUUUACUGCCACGAGAACAUCUUUAAUCCAAGUGUAACACCAUUAUGGCGAUGCUGAAUCUGCACAUCCUACUCCAUGUACUGGCCCAAUGGUUGACUUUCCUAACCUCUUGCCAAGCGGCAAGAUACAACAACGGCUUCUUCUACCACGACCUCAUGAAUGGCAACGGCAAUGGAGAGAUCUACUUCAAUGGCGUGCGUCUACAUGUGGAGUCUCCAAACUCCUUGGUGUCAGCCGCGAGAGGCAGCAACGUCACCCUGCCGUGCUACUACCGCUACGAACCAGAACUCAGUGUCCCCCGUACAACUCGGGUCAAAUGGUCCUGGAUCCCUGCCAACGGUGGCUCCUCGGCCAUCGCCCCUUCUUCGUCCGCCGGAGAGACAGAAGUUAUGGUUGCCAUGGGCAACCGGCACCGUAGCUACGGCAGCUUCAGGGGCCGUGUGCGUCUGCGGAGGGCGGCACCGGGGGACAUGUCACUGGUGAUCAGCGAGCUGCACCUCCACGACACCGGCCGCUACCGCUGUGAGGUCAUUGAUGGACUGGAAGAUGAGAGUGUGACGGUGGAUCUGGAGUUACGAGGAGUGGUAUUUCCUUACUUCUCACAGAAUGGACGCUACCAUUUCAAUUUUUUGGAGGCCCAGCAGGCAUGUGAAAGGCAGGAUGCUACCUUGGCCACCUUUGAACAGCUCUUCACUGCCUGGGAGGAGGGACUGGACUGGUGUAAUGCCGGCUGGUUGGCCGAUGGGACGGUGCAGUAUCCAAUCACCAUACCAAGGGAGGGCUGUGGGGGCACAGACCUGUCCGCUGGGCUGCGUAGCUACGGGCAACGGCAUCGUCUUUUUCACCGCUUUGACGCCUUCUGCUUUGCAGCUUCUCUUAAGGGCACAGUCUACUUCUUACACACAAACAAGCUCAACUUCACUGAGGCAGUCCAGGCUUGCAUCAAAGAUGGCGGUCAAAUUGCCAAAGUGGGUCAGCUCUACGCCGCGUGGAGGCUCAUGGGAUUGGACCGCUGCGAUGCCGGCUGGUUGGCUGACAGGAGCGUCCGCUACCCUAUCGUUAAGGCCCGCACUAACUGUGGCCCCUCUGAGCCAGGUAUACGUAACUUUGGCUUUCUCCCUGAAGAUCACAAAUAUAAUGUUUACUGCUAUCGGUAAACAUGACUUAAUUACUGUUAAAUAAAAACUUACAACAGAUGGCCUGUACUUGAUUCUAAUCUUUGCCUACACAGUGCACUGAUGUGAAGCCCUGGUCUAAACAAGUUUUUAGCAUGAACCAGGUCGCUUAGCACUGAGCCCCCUCACUGCUUUGUUGUCUACUUUUGUCUUACUUUACUUUUGAGUUCAAUAGAUUCUCAUUGCCAUGUAUCUAUGCCAAUAUAUCAAUACAACAACAACAUCAGUUAUAUUAAAGUUACUUUCAAGGACCACUGUACCCUGUUCCCACACUUAAAAACACUUGAACCUUUGUUGGCUCACUACAGACUUGUUCAUAUCUCAAGAAAGAUGUGCUUUCAAAAAGAAAUUUACUUUUUGUACAACCUUCAAUGUAUUGUUCUCUGUUUUUGCUUUGAUGUUAUGACUUCCAACAUCAGUAAUGUUGUGUAGUGACGUAUAGGCUAUUCUUGGAAAAUGUACAUAUAUACAUCUACAUGUACACUGAUGUUUUGCCAAGGAUUCAUAGAGAACUUGUAACUGAUGGCAUUUGUGAUGUUUUGUUAUUAAUGAUUAUAUGACUGAGUAGAGGUUGUUACAGUGAUUUACAGUUUCAUUAUGACUACCCUUUUAUAAAAGUGUUAUAUUUUA